AUGCCGAACGCUGCGUAUGCGCCCAUUCCCAACCCCCAGGACGCUGUAGAAGCUGCAGAAAGACACAUGGAGGAUGCCUUUGAUCUCUCCGACGACGAGGACGAUGCCCAGCAAGAGACGCGGCCCAUGAUUGCUGCGCGUGCAGCCUCGCCAGAGCCCGCCAGCCCGCCUAUCGCCAACGAUAAUAAUACUUAUAAUUUCGAAGAUUGGACGCUCCCUCCUCCAGGCGAACCACCGAGGCCGUCCCCGUUUGCUUAUGCUAAUAACAUCUUUAACAAUACCAAUGGCGUCGUAGGAACCCCCGUUGCCCGUCCUCCAGAUCCACGAGGAGGAUGGUUGAAGCAGAGACUCCGGGGAAUACUUCCUGCCCGCCUUACUGGCCAGUCCCAGUCACGCACAAUGGGCUCUGGGCUCGGCAACGAUGGUGUCUUCGCAAACGUGACGGCCAAACCCAUCGCACCAAGUACCGCGAAUGAACAAAGUAGAGCCGAACAAGGGACUAGCACCAUCCACGUCGCACCCGAGUUUGAGCAGAAGGACGCUCCGCCGACGUAUGCCGAAGCUCAGCAGGAUGCGGUUCCUCCGUACUGGGAUACGACAGUUCUUGCUCCUGCUGGGUCUGGUGACGAGCUCAUCGUCGAGGGUUUCCCCCCUGGCCAUGUCUUCUCGUUUGUCACCAGCUUCUUCAUCUCGUUUUCCUUCCAGUUCAUCGGCUUUAUGCUCACUACCAUCAUGGCAACGUCACAUGCAGCCAAGUUUGGCUCGCGGGCGGGUCUGGGUAUUACUCUCGUACAAUACGGACUAUAUCUACGCAGUAACGAAGCUCGACUCGCUCAAGCGGAUGUGAACGGCUGGCCUACCGGCUCGGCGCCACGCCCCGCAUUCACAUCCUCGACAGAGACCGAUGAUCUCUAUGCGACCAAGACGCCCGACGGUCCUGGCGAUUACCCUGAAGUCCCCUCACUUGCCAAUGGGGACUAUCCGCUCCCACCAGAGCUCACGUUGGCCGCAGACUGGCUCAGCUUUUUCCUCAUGACCGUGGGCUGGCUCCUCUUCCUCACUUCGCUGCUCGGAUUCUGGAGGGUGAAGAAAUGGGAGCGUAGUCUUCGCCAGAGUUCCGUCCGUGUUUCGCCAAGCGAUCUCGAGACACCAGGGUUCAGUCUGAUGCGAGAGGGCGCGUCGAGAGAUUUCAGAAGGCUCUUUGCGCGUCUGCCGCAAGAGGAUUCAUCUCGUGCCCAGGCUCAGGAGCCUGAGCUCCCUCCUCAGCACCCACUCUCUCGUGACCCAGAACCACCUAUGGAUCCCGAAACUCGACGAAGAUAUGAAGCCGCUCUUCAACUAGAUAGACAGAUCGAGCGUGAGCUUCGGCGAGCCGGCCUUUUGUAG